UAUAUCAGUCUUUCCACGGCCCCUAGCAGCUGUAGCUGCGGUUAUCCGGCCCGUGCCGAAGCUCCUCGCCGAUCUCGCCCCUCUCUCUCUCUCGCUUCUAUAAAUACUAGUCCCUUGCCCGGGCCCAUCCAACAUCAUUGACCACCUGCUCUUCGGGCGGGAAGGGAAUUCGUACUUCCAAUACGAGACUCCCUCUUCUCUCUCUCUCUCUCUCUCUCUCCUAGGGUUCCAUCUCUCCCUCUUCUUCCUUUUUUUCUUGGAUUUCUUGUGGGUUUUUAGGGGUUCUAGGGUUUCCAAGAAGGGAAGAUGAGUUUUCGGAAGGGAUCUAUGGUGUGGGUGGAGGAUAAGGAUGCUGCCUGGAUCGAAGCUGAGGUGGUUGAUGUCAGGGAUAAGACUUUGGUUGUGGUCACGGCUGCCCGGAAGAAGAUCACUGUGAGCUUGGGGAAGUUGUUACCUCGAGAUCCGGAGGCUGACCAUGGUGGAGUGGAUGACAUGACAAAGUUGACUUAUUUGAAUGAGCCAGGGGUUCUUUAUAACCUAGCCAGGAGAUAUGCUCUUAAUGAGAUUUAUACAUAUACGGGCAGCAUCUUGAUUGCUGUUAAUCCAUUCGCCAAGCUUCCUCAUCUAUAUAAUGGUCAUAUGAUGGAACAAUACAAGGGUGUUCGCUUUGGAGAGCUAAGCCCCCAUGUAUUUGCCAUUGCCGAUGCGUCAUACAGAGCUAUGAUGAAUGAGGGUCGCAGCCAGUCCAUUUUGGUUAGCGGAGAAAGUGGUGCAGGGAAAACGGAAACAACAAAGCUUAUCAUGCAGUAUCUCACAUUUGUCGGUGGUCGGGCUGCUGGUGGUGAACGGACUGUUGAGCAACAAGUGCUAGAAUCAAAUCCACUUCUAGAAGCAUUUGGUAAUGCGAGGACAGUUAGAAAUGAUAAUUCAAGCCGUUUUGGGAAGUUUGUUGAGAUACAAUUUGAUCGGAGUGGUCGGAUAUCAGGUGCUGCUAUUAGAACUUAUCUUCUGGAAAGAUCACGAGUAGUGCAAAUAGCAGAUCCUGAAAGGAAUUACCAUUGCUUCUAUCAACUAUGUGCUUCAGGAAAGGAUGCUACAAAGUACAAACUUGGCCAUCCUAGAGAGUUCCAUUAUUUGAAUCAGAGCAGGACGUUUGAGCUUGAGGGAGUAAGUAGUGCAGAGGAGUACUUGAAGACAAGGAGGGCAAUGGAUAUUGUUGGUAUAAGUCUUGCUGACCAGGAAGCCAUAUUUCGGACAUUGGCUGCUAUUCUUCAUCUUGGGAAUGUUGAAUUUUCCCCUGGCAAAGAGCAUGAUUCCUCCAUUGUGAAGGAUUCUAAGUCCAAUUUUCACCUUCAGAUGUCUGCUGACUUAUUUAUGUGUGAUCCAAACAUUCUUCUGGCAACAUUGUGCUCUCGUUCUAUACAGACUCAUGAAGGAAGUAUAAUUAAAGCAUUGGACUGUGCAGCUGCUACUGCCAGCCGUGAUGCUUUAGCAAAGACUGUAUAUGCUCGAUUAUUUGACUGGCUUGUUGAGAACAUAAACAAAUCUGUUGGACAAGACUUGAACUCUAUGAUGCAGAUUGGAGUCUUGGACAUUUAUGGGUUUGAAUGCUUCAGAAACAACAGUUUCGAGCAAUUCUGCAUUAACUUCGCUAAUGAAAAGCUUCAACAACAUUUCAAUGAGCAUGUGUUUAAGAUGGAGCAGGAAGAAUACAAGAAUGAGGAGAUCAAUUGGAGCUACAUCGAGUUUAUAGAUAACCAAGAUAUCUUAGAUUUGAUUGAGAAGAAGCCACUGGGAAUAAUCUCACUCUUGGAUGAAGCUUGUAUGUUUCCUAAAUCAACUCAUGCAACGUUUUCAACCAAACUGUUUAGAAGCUUUGGAACACAUCCUAGAUUGGAGAAGGCAAAAUUUUCUGAGACAGAUUUUACAUUAUCUCACUAUGCAGGAAAGGUGAAUUAUCAAACCGAAUCUUUCUUAGAUAAGAAUCGAGAUUAUGUUGUUGUGGAACACUGCAAUCUGUUGUCGUCUUCAAAAUGCACUUUCAUUUCGGGACUUUUCUCUUCGUUACCAGAAGAGACUUCUAGAUCAUCCUACAAAUUUUCUUCUGUAGCAUCCAGAUUUAAGCAACAACUGCAAGCACUCAUGGAGACACUAAAUGCCACAGAACCUCAUUAUGUCCGUUGUGUUAAGCCCAACUCUCUGAACCAACCUCAGAAGUUUGAGAAUCAAAGUGUUAUACAUCAAUUACGUUGUGGGGGUGUUCUAGAGGCUGUUCGGAUUAGUCUUGCGGGUUAUCCAACUCGAAGGUCUUACUCAGAUUUUGUUGAUCGCUUUGGACUUUUAGCUCUUGAUCAUUUGGAUGGGAGAAUUAGUGAAAAAUCCUUGACACAGAAAAUUUUACAGAAGCUAAGCCUUGACAACUUCCAGCUUGGCAGGACCAAGGUCUUUCUCAGGGCUGGCCAGAUUGGACUCUUAGAUUCUCGAAGAAAUGAGGUUCUGAAUAAUGCUGCAAGGCUUAUACAAGGUCGUUUCCUAACGUAUAAUGCUCGCAAAGAUUUUACUCGGACAAGAAGGGCUGCCAUUACUCUGCAAUCUUAUUGUCGGGGUUGCUUAGCUCGAAGUAUUUUGGCAUCAAAAAGACAAAUAGCCGCAUCGCUCAUGAUUCAGAAGCACACACGGAGGUUGCUUGUGCGACAGGCUUUCUUACAAACUUAUACGGCAGUUGUGGUUGUCCAAUCUUUUAUCCGUGGAUCAUCUGUUCGGCGGAAGUUUAUGUGCAUUAGGGAGCAUCGGGCUGCUAGUCUUAUUCAGGCAACAUGGCGGUAUCAGAAGGCAUGCUGGGCUUCAAAGAAGCGUCGAAAAGCUGUCAUCUCCAUUCAAUGUGCUUGGCGGCAAAAGGUUGCAAGAAGAGAACUCCGAAUGCUUAAAUUGGCUGCAAAUGAGGCUGGUGCUUUACGUGAAGCAAAAAAUAAACUUGAGAAGAAACUGGAGGACCUUACUUGGAGGUUGACAUUGGAAAAAAGAUUGCGGGCAGCCAGUGAAGAUUCAAGGUUAGUGGAAGUCUCAAAGCUUCAGAAAGGUUUAGAAACAUUGAAGUCUGAGUUGGAUGCUGAAAGAUCGGCUGUGGUUGGCGAACGAAACAAGAAUGGCCUUCUUGUUAGUCAGUUAGAAGAAGCUAAGAAAAAUAUAGCCACCCUGCAGACUAAUCUGAAUGAGAUGGAAGAACUAAACAAGCAGAAUUCAUUACUGAGGACCUCGUUGGAUUCUCUGACAAAACAGAACAUGGAGAUGGAGCAAGAGCUUCUGAAGACUCGAAAAUAUGGUGAUGAUACUUUCAACAAACUGCAAGGUGUGGAAGAAGAAUACUCACUUCUGCAGCGAAAUAUGCAAAGCUUGGAGGAAAAGCUAUCAAGUUUAGAAGAUGAGAAUCACAUUCUAAGGCAAAAGGCUUUAAGCCUUUCUCCCAUGAACUAUUUCCCUGGGACAGUCAAACCACUUACAGAGAAGUAUGCUGGUGCACCUAUGCUUCACAACAUUAACCAGAAUGCUGUAUAUGAAACCCCUACACCUACCAAAUUGUUUGCUCCUUUGCCCCACAGCUUGUCUGAAUCCAGGCGAUCAAGAAUGCUGGUUGAUAGGCAUGAGGAAUAUCAUGACUUACUUCUAAGGUGCAUUAAAGAAGAUUUGGGAUUUAUGGAUGACAAACCAAUUGCAGCCUGUGUCAUAUAUAAAUGCCUUCUUCAGUGGCGUGUCUUUGAAGCUGAAAGGACAGCUACCUUUGACUUCAUAAUUGAGGCACUCAAUGAUGUUCUGAAGGUGGACAAUGAAAAUGAUAUCUUGCCAUACUGGUUAUCCAAUGUUUCAGCGCUCCUGUGCCUUCUACAGAGAAACCUACGUUCAAAUGGGUUUCUUACAACACCUCGCCGUUCUGUUGGAUCUAUGGGAUCUAAUUUGAGGAUGCCACAAGGAAAGUCUCCACUAGCACUCACUGGAGCAGAAGAAAGCAUUUCACAUGUUGAUGCACGAUAUCCAGCUAUUCUUUUUAAGCAGCAAUUAACUGCAUGUCUGGAAAAAAUUUUUGGGCUUAUACGAGAUAAUUUGAAGAAGGAAAUAUCGCCAUUAUUGAGCCUUUGCAUUCAGGCUCCAAAAUCUACUCGAGGAUCUGCUGGAAAAACAUCCAAAUCACCUGGUGGUGCCCCUCAGCAGCCAUUGAGCACACACUGGGAUCGGAUAAUUAACUUUUUGGAUUCACUUAUGGAACGUUUACAAAAGAAUCAUGUACCAUCCUUUUUUAUCAGAAAACUCAUCACUCAGGUCUUCUCCUUUAUCAAUAUUCAGCUUUUUAAUAGUCUGCUCCUACGCCGUGAAUGUUGUACAUUUUCUAACGGGGAAUAUGUCAAGUCGGGGUUGGCAGUACUAGAAAAAUGGAUCACUGAUGCCACAGAAGAGUUUGCAGGAACCUCCUGGCAUGAACUAAAUUAUAUUAGACAAGCUGUUGGCUUCCUGGUUAUUCAUCAAAAGAGAAGAAAGACUCUUGAAGAGAUAAGGCAAGAUCUUUGUCCGGCGUUAAGUGUGCGGCAGAUCUAUCGAAUAUGCACAAUGUAUUGGGAUGACAAAUAUAGCACACAAAGCGUCUCAAAUGAGGUUGUUGCAACAAUGAGGGAAAUGGUCAACAAAGACUCCCAAAACCUUGUGUCAAAUUCCUUUUUGUUGGAUGACGAUCUAAGUAUUCCUUUCUCUACGGAAGAUAUAUCAAAGGCCAUUCCUGUGAUAGAUCCACGUGAUGUUGAUGUUCCUGUAAGCCUGAGAAAAUCUCCCUCUGUGCAGUUGCUGCUCCAGCCAGCCCCAGUUUGAAUGGAAUGAAUUCUCAACCAUGUCAAACUUUCAUGCAAUACCUAUUGUUCUUGAUUGCAAGAGCCACAGGAGCCAUCAAGUCUAUUGCCUCAAUUGGUAUUUGGAAGAAAGAUGGAUGAUCCUGAAAAGUUAAAGAUGGCCUUUUCCCAUGCUGUAAAUUCGUUGUAAUUGUCAGUUCACUUAAGAAGAAUGUAUCAUAUGGAGGCCAUUUAAUGGUACCCUAUGCAGCAUAGAUCUCAGUUUACUAGCACAACAAUUUAGUACUCCAUUGUAGCAUGGAUAUAGGGCCAUAGUCUUGUUACAAAGGCCAUAUUGUUCCCAUGUAGUUAUGUUAUGCUCGUCAGGUUGGGUCUGUCAUCUUUGUUAGAGACUGCCCUCUGUGACUAAAACUGGCGCGUUUAAUACAGGGGGGUCUGGUCUGAUUUAGGAAAUUACACCCCCUGGGUAGAUCAAAGUCAUGGUCAUUUCUUUGUGCAACUAUGCAAUAGGAACAUUAUUUAAUUUAUUGGAGAUUUAAUCUAAUCUGCAUGGGCCUUGUUAUUUUUA